AUGCAAUUAUGGUAUAAGAAUUGCUUCAGUUGGGAACACUCGCUUCUCUCUCAACGAACGCAAUCGAAUGAUAAUGAAAAUACCAUGAAAUUUGAGCUCGCAAAAGUAAAAACGCAAGUUAGAUCAACGGAAGACUGUCUGAUCUGUCAGAAGUAUGCUAUCAGGUGUAAUAGGAACAAACCAAGAUGUGAGAGAUGCGAAUCUUCGCGCUUAAAGUGCUCGUAUCCCUUGUUACUCAAAUGGGGAGGCAGACAGUACAGAGACAAGAAGAAAGUACCGAAAAUCCCACCAAAUACUAAAAUGGUGAACGGAGUGCUUGUUAUCAAGGACAAGAGCGUGCUAAAGGGCUGGAGCGUUUCCAAAGUGGGAAACGGAUAUACAUUAGUCAAUGAGCCGAAUUUUCUAAGCUGCGAGGAUAUGGCUUUGAGACGACCCGCGUCUGCUAAAGAACACGAAUAUCAUACUUCUGGGGUCUCAGAAGAGGCUCCAGGGAAUCCUAGCCCUGCUUUGGCUCUUCAUGGUAAGUCCGCACGUGAAAGGACUGUGCAUAGGAAUUCAUCAUCCUCCGGGUCGAAUAGACUCCAAUUUUCUGUAAGUGCCUUGGGACUGAUGAUUAGUUCGUGGCGCUUCUCGGAGUCUUUUGAUUUUUAUGUCAAGGACACAUCUAGCCUUUUUGUCGUGUACAGCAAGCGCCGCGACUCAAAUCCAUUUCAUUACUUACUGCCACAAAUGGCGUUACAAUCACCUACUUUAAUGAAGGCUAUCAUUGCAUUCGGAGGUAGACACAAACAGCACUUAUUAUCUCGUCAAGAAGGCAACGAUUAUGCAUCUCUUGAGGAAUGCAUUAUAAAGCGCACGGAUUUUGAGGUGACAGCAAGGGAAUUCUUAUCAACUACAGUUAUGGAAUUAGCCAAUGACCUCAAGUUGGCAAGAGGUCUCGUGAGCGAUUUGAUACUGGCCACGGUGUUGGUUCUGUCAAAUUUCUCCUUUUUCUUUGGAGAUCAAGAGAAUAUGUGGCGCACACAUUUAUAUGGUGCGGAACAGAUUAUUCUUAAAUCCAUUAACCCUGAAGUGAUAAACGAGAGUAUCUGUUUACAAUUUAGCGUUGACGAAGGGCCUCGUCCUUUUCUAGAAAGAUGGUUUUUCUACAUGAAAGUUAUGGCAACCUUAUCUUCUGGAGAUUUCGGUCUCGCAAUCAAUGAGAAUCUUUUGAAACUUGAUUUUAGUGCGGUCAAGAAGAAAAAAACCAUGGGUGAAUCGAUGAAGAACAUUGAAAAGGCAGAGUAUCUGAAUGGAAUGGAAGUAUCCGUAUUUGCAUAUUUGGCAGAUGUUGCGUCUUUGAUAAUUGAGAAGAGAUUAGGUGAUAACAACGGAGGAAGCACUAUUUUUCUCAGAGCAGUUGAGCUCGAUUAUCGAAUAAUGGACUUUCUUAAAAACUCUUUUGAGCUUCGAAGUAAAGAGCAGAUAGGCGGCCAGCAUUCUGCGACCAGUUUACACAAGGUCCCGAGGUAUACUUCAGAACAUUCUUUGCACUCGACAAAUUUGCUGUUUGGACUAAGUGCAGUUCUGCAACUCAGAAGAAGAAUCCUUGGCUUUUCUAAUACGAAUGACUUAAUUAAAAAUCUGCUUUACCGAAUACUUUCAUUACUUGAAACCGAUUUUUCACAUGAGCAGUCCAUAAGGCCAGGUAUGCUAUUUAGUAUUUUCAGUUUUGGCUGUGAGUUGAUUGAUGAUGAGUUCGUAUCUAAGCGGUCUUUUUGUUCUAAUCAUUUGAGCUACUUAGCAAGUAGAGGUGUCAGUUGUGCCGAUCAAGCUCUUUCCAUUAUGCGGGAGUGUUGGGAAAAAAAGAAGUCAUGGUGGCAGGUUCUGAAAGACAAAAAUCUCGAUGUUUGCUUCGCAAUAUGA